ACGUGUUGUACUUCUUACUGCACUUUUCACUGCGUAUCUGUGAUUAGUUACUCUAAUAUUUAACGUUUAUUAAAUACAAUGAGCCACCUUCCCGCGUAUUAAAUAUCUAAAAUGAGCUUCUUCUUCUUCAGUCUCAGUUCCCAGCCUUUUUCAUUCAUGUUUUAACUCCACUCAGACCUUAAAAUGUUCCACAGCUUUGACGCGUUCAGAUUUAUUUAACCUUUAAUUCCUAUUCAUAUUAAUUUGACCGUGCAAAACUUUUCCAGCUCUUCGUGCUCAUUCAGCUGCUCUUUUUUAGCAUUUAAUCUUAGCAUCAGUUUUUCAACAAACCUUAAAAUAUUCUUUGAUACAUUAUUUGUAUUGUUCCAGUUUUUAAACCAGUAGUGCUGUUUAACGUCAGCUGUAAGUCACGCUGCAGUUUCAGUCCUGCUGUAAUGUAGCAGGCCAAAAUGGAGCUGAACUUAAGCCUUCCAAGGCGUUUAAUAUGUAACAGUUUUAUUAUGAGCAGAACUACAUGAAGAAGAGUAAGUUUGCCUGUGAAGAAGAAAUAAAGUGGAAAAAGUCCUUGUGUUUUAUCUGGAGGUAAAACGAAAAGGAUCCGUGACUUACGACUAAAGAACUGAAGUGAUUCACGUGUUAUUUUCCGUUCAUUCAUUUGGCUUUCAUUACUGAAGACGCGGCCCGUGAGGAUUUCAGUGUGUGUGGUGACACAGCUUGGCUUGUUUUCCCGCUCGCUCCCCUGUGAGCGUCUCCGAGCGCCGGCCAGCUGAAGAGGCCUCGGCUUGACCUUACUGUAGACUCAACUAUCUGCUGCAUUCUUCACAGCUUUAGUCACAUCCUGCGUAGAUGUGCUUGUAUUUUGUAAUUCGCUUGUUUUUCUUCUUUUUUUUUUUCUUUUUUUUGAAAAUCAAGUCCUCUGCGGUUUAUUUUUGGUCGUCCACGCAGUCGCAGGAACUGAAAUUAUUUUAGCAGGAGUUGGUUUUUGUGCUUGGAUGUUUGCGUCUCUGCGUGUGUCCGUUUGGUUUGAAAGUCACUGACAGGAAGUAGUUCUUGUGGCAGCCUGAGCAGAGCUGACAGGCUGCACAGUGUUUUCAUUUAAUGUCUUUAUUCCAGCAUCAGGCCUGCUCUCAUGGAGGAGUGAAGGUGACCAGAGAGUUUUUUAAUUCGGGGAAUCUGCACAUUUGAAGUCAUUACGUAUGUGAUUUUGCUGAGAAUUUCCCCCAAAACGUCUUCAUCUGUGGUUUCUUUUCUGGCCCAUGAUGGAUCUGUUUUAUUGCUCCCUGAGACUAAGCAGCUCCGGGGCCUCGCUGAUGAAACGAACUUACCAUCAGUUCUGAUCUUUAGCAGGACUUCAGCAUAAAAACCACGUCUAAGUAGUUAUUUUAAAAUCCUAAAUGAUCUCUAAGCAAAGUCUAAGCUGCGUCCAAGCCGGUGGUGAACUUUGCAUGAGCUUUACGAACAAUGUGAUAAGGAAUUACCAGUUCAAAAGGCCGCAGCUCCUUCACUGCAGCAGAAACACGCUCCCAGCCAGUGUGUCUGACUUCCUGUCAACCAGCUAUCCAUUAAAUAGUCCGUGUUGUGCGAUGUCAGUCCGUCUGCCACUGUGCCCAUGAGCUCAUCACCCAAAAAGCUUGGUUGCUUGUCAUUAAGCCCUCGUUUGGGAAACUGCAAAACAGGUGCUGUUAAGUUUAAUUUAAUUUUUAAAUUCCUGCCUUUAAUUCCACUUCACACGUCAUUUAUGAAUCACAUGUAAACGCACCAUCAGAAAUGAUCUAAAGACUUGAGUAUAAAUCUAAGAACAGGUUUAUAAACGAGGUCCCUGGGUUACUGGGGAAGACUAGACGAUGUGCUUUGAUUAGAUUGGUGGCAAAAUAUUCUACAUGUCUGGUGUCUGAAGUCCCCGACAGGCUGAGAGACGGACGAGGAGGAGGAGGACGGGAGGGCUGGCAAAGAAAGCACCAAAUCUGGUGUGUGUGCUCCUCCGUGGCCCCCCUGAUCGCCAUAACUUUUCCUUCAGAAAGCAGAAAAGGAGCUAUGCAACACUCGGAGGAAAGAGUGACGGAGCACCACGAGACGAGAUGGAAAGCGAAGACCCUUUCCCAACCAGAACAAGUCCUGUGUCUCCUGCUGUUCUGUUCUGUGGUGAGUCUGCGGGGCUAAAAGCUCUCCGCAGAGGAAUUCAGCAGGCGCUGUGGACAAAACGGAGCUGACUUCUGUCUCUAAGCCAGGAGGUGCAAGACCUGCAGUUUGAGGCCUCGCCAUCACCUCCCCCCUCCUCCCCCCAUCUCCUGUCUGAGCCCUGCACCUGUUGUGACUCGUCAGCCAGCCCAGUCUCAGCUUGCUUGACACUGUGUCUGUGGGUACAUGUGGAGCUGCACAAAUUUCUCUGCUGGAGUAAAAGUGUGGAUCACAUUGCAAGGACAAAGGAGGGGGCGAAAGGGUGAAAAGCUUUUAGUGGAGAGACGAGGUUGGAUUUAGCCUUGGACUAGCAGAAAAGUUAAAAACCCCAAACCAGUUGGAAGAGCAGCAGGUAUGAACAGCCAGGCUGUGGUUGUCUCUGUGGCUCUGCUGGCCCUGUGCUGCCUGUUGAUCCCCAGAGGAGGGGAGAGUGCUGGCGGGAUAGUUUCUCUCCGGCUGACUGAAGGGGAGAGGCAGGCAGGGGAUCUGCUGCGGGACGAGUCCCUGGAUGACCCAGAAAGGGACCAUGGACUUGCGGUGGACCCGCAUGCACUGACAGGCAGAGACACGGAGGAGGCAGGUGUUUCCAGGAGGGUGAGGAGACAAUCAGAUGAAGGCAAAAAGAAGAAGAAGGACAAGAAGAAAAACAAAGAGCCAAAGGACCCCAAAGCCACCAAAAAGCCCAAAACUGAAAAGAAGGGGAAGAAGAAGGACAAGCUGACGACCACAACUUUACCGCCAACCACAACACCGAUCCCGACUGAACCGCCCACUGAACCUGAACCUGAGCCCUACACAGACUACCCCUAUCCUGAUGUUGACACUGAUUACUGGAAACCGGAAGAUGACUAUUGGGAGGCCGAGCCAACACCAUCCAGGCCGCAGCCCGAGACUCCGAUCACAGAUCUUCCAUAUGACUACUGGAAGCCAGAAGAGGAGGACCCAGCUGCUCCGGUACCAGACUCCUACGAUGACUACUGGAAACCAGAGGAGAAAGAGCCGUCCACUCCGACGCCUGACGCCUACGAUGACUACCUGAAACCAGAGGAGAAAGAGCCGUCCACUCCGACGCCUGACGUCUACGAUGACUACCUGAAACCAGAAGAGCCGUCCACGCCAACGCCUGACGCCUACGAUGACUACUGGAAACCAGAUGAGAAAGAGCCGUACGUCCCUGUGACCGAUGACUACGACGGCUACUUUAAGGAGGUGGACCCAACCCCCCCUGCCCCUGAGGUUGAUGGGAAAGCUGGGACAGAUGACGCUGAUUACUGGGACGCCACAUAUGAGGUGCCAGAUAACCUCCCAUUCCCUGACGGCAAGGAGGUCAGCCCUGAAAUAGAAGUAGAAACCCUAACAGAGGAGCCAACAGCCACUCCUCCCUAUGAGGGGACGUGGUAUGACGAUUACGAUGAAUAUGGAAUGAGGAGGAAAGAAGACGAGACAGACGAGAAAUGGAUGGAGAGGGAGAGGGAGCGAGCGCAAAAAGAACGAGAGAGGGAAGAAAGAGAGCGAGUGCAGAAGCUGAAGGAGGCAGAGGAACGGGCCAGGAACAGACCACGUGUCUUCAAGGAGCCAAAGAAGUGUCCUCCCCUGGGGAUGGAGUCCCAUAAGAUCGAGCCUGAUCAGCUUUCAGCCUCCUCGAUGUCCCAGUAUAGUUUUGCACCUCAGAGGGCGCGCCUCAACAUGCAGGGCUCAGACGAUGAGGAUGACAUGAGAGGUGGAGCCUGGUGUGCCAACUCAGAGGACAGGAUCCACUGGUUUGAGCUCGACACUCGCAGGGAGACGGAGUUCACCGGAGUCAUAACGCAGGGACGAGACUCCCGCAACGAGAGUGACUACGUGAUGUCCUACUUCCUGGCUUUCAGCAACGACAGCAGAGAAUGGACGACCAUCCACGAUGGAUACGCUGACUGGCUGUUCUUUGCAAACAGUGAUAAGGACACUCCGGUGAUGAACCAGCUGGCCGAGCCCAUGGUGGCCCGUUACAUCCGGAUCAUCCCUCAGAGCUGGAACGGCUCUCUGUGUAUGAGGCUGGAGGUCCUGGGCUGCCCUGUGCCUGAUGCAGCUGAUGUUCAGUACAGGCAAAAUGAGGUGACUCCAGUAGAUUAUUUGGAGUUCAAAUAUCACAGCUACUCACAGAUGGUUGCGCUUAUGAAGUCGGUGAAUGACGAGUGUCCCAACAUCACCACCAUCUACAGCCUGGGCCGCAGCUCCAAGGGGCGGGAAAUCAUGGCCAUGAUCAUCUCUGGCAACCCCACAGAGCACGAAAUAGGUGAGCCGGAGUUCCGCUUCACUGCCGGUCUCCAUGGAAACGAGGCAUUGGGUCGCGAGAUGAUCCUGCUUCUCAUGCAGUACCUGUGCAAAGAGUACAAAGACAGAAACCCCCGAGCCCAGAGGCUGGUAGAGGGAAUUCGCAUCCACCUGGUGCCCUCCCUCAACCCCGAUGGACACGAGACAGCUUUUGAAGCGGGAUCGGAGCUGAGUGGAUGGACUACAGGACACUUCACAGAGGAUGGCUUUGACAUCUUCCAGAAUUUCCCAGACCUGAACAGCAUCCUGUGGGAUGCUGAAGAUAAGGGCAUGGUGCCCAAACUCAUCCCCAAUCACCACGUACCCAUACCAGACAACGCAGAGGCCGACAGCUCGAUUGCUGUGGAAACCGGGGCCAUAAUCUCCUGGAUGAAAAGCCAUCCAUUUGUGUUGGGUGCAAACCUGCAGGGCGGGGAGACAAUUGUGGCCUAUCCUUAUGACAGCCUACGUCUCAACAAGCCUGCCAAGAGCCAGAAACCACACAGCCGCAAGAAGAGACAGUACGAAGAGGGUUUCGACGUGACAGAGUGGGGACAGGGCUACCACGAGGAGCCAGAGGAAGACUGGAGAGCAAGGGGAUACGCAGAGCCUGAGGAGGAGUGGAGGGGCCAUGGCUACGACCACGGCUAUGAACACGGUUACGAUCACGGCUACGGCCAUGAACACGGCCACGGCCACGACCCCGAUCCCGACCCCGGCUAUGGCCACAGGGAAGAGGAAGAGGAUGACAGAGGAAGAAGUGCAGGCUACCAGUACACCGAGCCAGAGGAUGAGCCUCGGGUGAUUGCAGACGAGUCCCUCUUCAGGUGGCUGGCGGUCUCAUACGCCUCCACACACCUGAGCAUGACACACAACUACCGCGGCUCCUGCCACGGAGACACUCCCACCGGAGGGCACGGCAUCGUCAACCGGGCCAAGUGGAAGCCAAUCACAGGAAGUAUGAAUGAUUUCAGCUACCUGCACACCAACUGUUUUGAGCUGUCCUUAUUCCUGGGAUGUGAUAAGUUCCCUCAUCAGAGUGAGCUGGCAUCUGAGUGGGAGAAGAACAGAGAGGCUAUGCUCAUCUUCAUGGAGCAGGUGCAUCGAGGCAUCAGGGGCGUCGUGAAGGACCAGCAGGGGAACGCCAUCGCGAAUGCCACUGUGUCUGUAGAGGGGAUAAACCACGAUGUGACUACAGCACCCACAGGGGACUACUGGCGACUUCUUAACCCGGGGGAGUACCGUGUGACGGCUCGGGCUGAGGGCUUCUCCCCAGUGACCAAACUCUGUGUGGUGGGCUACCAGUCAGGAGCAACCGCCUGCAGCUUCAACCUGGCCAAGUCCAACUGGGACCGCAUUAAAGAGAUCAUGGCCCUCAACGGCAACAAACCAAUUCGACUCAGCUACAGCAACACCAGAGCACAAUAUCCUGCAGUUGUUAACAACGGCAGGCGUGUAGUCGUGGGCAACAACGAGUAUUCACCAAACUCACAACUCAUCGCCGAGAGGAGGAGGAGGCGGCUCAGGAUAGCUCGUCUCCGUCGCCUUCGGCAACAGAGAUUAAUGAUGUUAAGAUCGACGACGACUAUGACAACAACGACAACGACAACGUUACCCCCGACAACUACCACAAUUCCCACAACGCCAGAGAGCACCACAUCUUGGUAUGACUCGUGGCUCGUAGGGGAGGGGCAGUCCUCGACGCCGGGCGGUUUCACAGACUCCAUCCUGGAUUUUAACUAUGAGUACAAGAUCGAUGACUAUUAGAACUGAACACACACGACUCGGUAAUCAUGCAGCUGUCCUCUCCUACUUGUAGUUCUCAUUGUCAUCUCAUUGAUAAUCAAACAUGGAGUCCUAUAUUAAAUGUGUAAAGAUACUUACAAUGUCUCUCCAUAGAAGCUGACCCUGUUAAUCAUAACUCAGUUUUAACAGUUCACACUGCACUUUUCUCACUUGUUCAGUCUUUGUUAUGAAUGCUUUUUGCUUCAUGAACUUUUUUUUUUUUUAUCGUGGAGGCACAUUAACAAAGUCACAAUGUUUUUUUUUCUUCAUUUCAGAGUUUUAAUUAUUUACAGCAUCGUCAUCCACAGCGGAAAUGUUUUUACAGUGUGAACAGUCAAUAAAUGUUUAAAAAGAAUUUGUUGAUAACAGAGAGUCAAAGGAGGCAGUUGGGGCAGAAGAGUUAUUUUUCAAAUAAACGCUUGUUAAUACA